GUCGCAGGCCGGCUGCAGCGGGGUUGAGGCCCGUGUUCAGGGCGCCCUCUAGCGCGUCCUUUCCACUUGGCGGCCACGCCGGUUCCGGAAGAUUAAAUUCACUUCUGGGGAAAAACAAACAAAAAAUAAACAGAGCAAAACAGAACAAAACCAAGCUAGCAGAGUGGUCAGUAGCAGCUCAAUGGACCUGGCUGUGGAAAGCAGUGAGUUUGUGAGCAGAGUGUGGGUCCAGUGUGAGAACGAAAGCUGCCUGAAGUGGAGGCUGCUGUCUCCUGAGGCUGCGGCCAGGGUGGAGCGCAGCGAGCCCUGGUACUGCUUCAUGAAUGCUGACUCCAGCUACAACAGCUGCUCAAUCUCUGAGGAGGAUUUCCCUGCAGAGUCUCGGUUCCUUGAAAGCGGGUAUAAGAUUGUCUAUUCACAGCUUCCUCUGGGAAGCCUGGUUUUGGUGAAAUUGCAGAAUUGGCCAAGUUGGCCAGGAAUACUUUGUCCUGAUCCUUUCAGAGGGAAGUAUGUGGCGUAUGACCGGGAUGGAAAUGUCGACAAGUACCACAUAGAAUUUCUGGGUGACCCCCACUCAAUGGCAUGGAUGAGUGCAACAUUUGUGGGGCAUUUUAGUCUCUCGUUAAAGACGGCAGAAUGUACAAAUAAAAAGAGGUGGUAUAGAAGUGCCCUCGAGGAGGCGUACCAGCUCUACAGGCGUUCUCCUGAGCAAAGACUGGACGUGUGCUGCCUGUCCAAACGGGAUAGAACCAAAGCAGGUGCCAAAGCUGCUGUGGUGGCCAGGAAAAGGACACAAGUUUCCAAAAAUAAUACUGAAAAGAAAAAGCCCAAGGUUAGAAAGAGGAAAAGGAAUGCUGCUUUAAGAUGCUCUGUUGAAAAUGUUUGUUCUGAUGAAGCCUUAUCAAAGGAAAACAUGGUUGUCUCUGAGAUGGAAGGUUUACUGAAAGAACUGGAGAAAAUGCUGCAGCAGGUCCAAGAGCCCACAGCAAGAGCCAGUGAGCCAGGACAAGGACAGCUGUCUCAGUGCCACCUGGAAGCUCCCACAGACAGUGCGUCUCAGAGCUACCAUGAAGAGGACUGUAUGGUGACGGAUGGGACAGGACUAAAAGCUGGAGAAUGUAUUGAGAACAUUACUAACAAUUUUAAAAAGAUAGAUGCCCUAAUAUCUGAAUUUUAGGAAGUUAAUCAGUUAUUUCCAAAAGUUAAUUAUAAAAACACUAGCAAUCUUUAUAUUUUCCUGUCAAACACUUAAAAAUUUUUAGUUAAAUAGGCAGACAAAAUAAACAUUUGUUAUAAAUUUAUCCUUUGUCCAUGGCCUUGGGAGCCUUUCAAGUGAUGUUUAAGUUUGGCUGUUAGAAUUUUAUAUGUUUGUAUUUGUAGAUAUUUUUGUUUGCUUUGAUUUUAGAAUUUUUGUUAAACUUAUUAACGAAUGCUGUACAAUAAGUAUUUAUGCCCUCCUUCAAAUGUGACUAUUAAAAUGGCUGCCUGUUCUGUUACCAGUCUCAGAGAGAACUCAAAUGUAACACAUGCAGAAGGUGGCUUUGUAGAU